GGUAAUUAAUCUCGACGCUUCUCUCUCUGCAACUACUCCUGGAGAGCAUCUCUCUCUAGAAUAUUGAGUAUUGCUGACUUGAGCGUCGGAGUGUUUUCCCCGAGGAAACAACCUCGGGAUUUUCAAGUGUGGAAGCAGCUAAGGACUUCAACAGUGUUGGAUUGUGAAGCUGCCCAAACAUUUGGCGCCGUCUGUGGGAACCGAACAAGAAGUCGUGUGACUUAACCUGCUGAAAGACAACAUGGUCCGUACUUUUACAGGAGGUCGCCCUCCAAGAGAUGGGAUGGACGAACAGGAGGACGCCCAAGCAUCUGAGCCCGGCUUAAAUGAUUUUAGACCAAUGCCCAGAAACCUUUUUGUGGGGGGUGCAGAACAGGGUCACCUAAGCGAAACAAAUGAUGAUGAAAGAACACCAACUGGGUAUGCAACCCAGCCUGAACAGUUCCAAGUUCCAACAGGAACAAGACAAAGACCUUCUAGACCGUACAAUUCACAACGUGAACGACCUGAAAGGUCAACAGAACCUGCUCGGACAACCGAGCUCGAAGAGAGAACCAGAGUUCUCGAAAUGGCAAUGGGAAAAAUCCUUACCCGUCUGAUUCCUGAUGACCCCCUGAUUCCUUUGUUGAACAGGGAUGCACAACCAACUGCGGUUGUUGCAACUCGAAAUUCCCCCGCUCUCAGCAACAUAGUAGUGCCGACCAGGCCAAGGGGAAGUGGGAAGUUGAAUAUCGAUCCCAGCUCGUCCAAACAUAGUGAAGAACUGAUGAGAAAGAACGCAGAUCUUGAAAGACAGCUGCGGGACGUACAAAAGUCUAUUGACGAGCUGAAAAGUCCCAGAUCGCAUCAACAGACUUUGGAUUUGGACAGUGCACCACUAAAUUUAUCCAUUACGGCAGAGCCGUAUCAAGAGGGAUUCAAAAUUCCCCACCUGGAGACAUAUGAUGGCACGGGCGACCCUGAUGAACAUCUGCACACCUAUCAAGCCAUCAUGAGAAUCCAAAACGCUAAUGACGCCAUGAUGUGCAAAGUGUUCCCAGCAACACUCAAGUCAACAGCCAGGAGAUGGUAUCACAAACUCCCCAGACAUUCAAUAGAUUCGUUUUCCCAGCUCGCCAAGCUGUUUUCUAACAAAUUUGCGAGCCAAAAGGAGAUCAAGCGCACAGCAACUGAGCUGAUGCAAGUUAACCAGAAGGAAGAGGAGUCUUUGAGGGACUACAUGCAGCGGUUUAACAAAGCCACCUUGGACAUUGAUAAUGUCCCAGACACGAUUUGCCUGUCCGCCCUGUUGCAUGGGUUGAAGCGUGGCCGGUUCCUAGACGACCUGCUUGAAAACCCACCGAAGACGUGGAACGAGGUGAAUGACAGGUCGGCCAGCUUCAUACUGUCGGAGGACUUUCAGUCGUCCAAGCGACGAGCUGAUGAUAAGCCGAGCAGAGGUCAGGAACAACAACCGCGAAGAGAAGAGAAGAAGAAGCAGAAGGUCAGUGAGCAAUGGGGGAAGCUAGGUGAGUUCCCGAAAUAUGCCAGUUACAUUCCUUUAACCUUACCUAGGUCUCAAAUCCUGGCACAAAUUCAGCACUGGGUUAGGAGACCUCCACCCCCGCUACAUGACUCCCCGAGGGCAGAUAAGAGCAAGCAUUGUGACUACCACCGUGUAUAUGGUCACAAUACAGAGGACUGCCAACACUUGAAGGACGAGUUAGAGUUUUUGGCUCGUAACGGGAAGCUAGAAGGGUAUGUUCAGAACCCUCACACCCAGCAACCCACUCAAACCCAUUUUGUACAGGCGUACGACCGACCUCAAGGACAGAGAGCAUACCGAGGACGUCCUUUCAACAAGAGAGGACAGGGACCGAGAACUACCGCCCCGAAUCAAAAAGACAGGAAAGGGGUAGGUUAUGCUGGGAUACCCCCACCUUCUGGUACCAUAAACAUGAUAUCGGGUGGUGUUCACUCUGGGGGCCAAAGCGCCCGAGCCCGCAAGGCAUACGCCAGGCAGGUGAUGACCGUUAACAAGAACAGGCCUCUGAAGCGACCAUUCGAGGAGGCGGAGUGGGAAAACACACCCAUUACAUUUAGCCCAACAGAUUACAAACGAGCAGAUGGAGAGCCUGACAUCAUGAUGCCGCAUGCAGAUCCUUUCGUGGCAACGGUUCAUAUAGGCAACCAUAAUGUCAAUAAGGUCUUCAUUGAUACGGGUAGCUCGCCAGACAUCCUGUACUGGACUUACUUCCAGAAAAUGCAGCUAAAUCCAAGCUCGCUGCAAAAGCACGAAGGACCUAUAUAUGGGUUUGACAAUCAGCUCGUGCCGGUUGAAGGAGUAGUUACCCUUCCCAUCUAUGUGGGCUCGGAACCAAGGUUCAGGAUGGCUUCUGUCACUUUCCUGGUCGUCAAGAUGGAGUCAGCUUUCAACGCUAUACUGGGAAGAGCCACUCUUUGCGAGCUGAAGGCUGUCAUAUCACAACCCCAUCUUUGCAUGAAAUUCCCAACUCCUCAGGGGCAUAGACCCGAGGGAGUCGAGCAGAAAGCAGAGCCGGUAGAGCCAGUAGAAAUCGUUCCUUUCAACCCUGAUGCGCCGGAAAGAACAGUAAAGAUCGGCACCAAGCUCACAGAAGAAGAACGAACAGAGCUUCUGGAGUUUUUGAGGGUUAAUCAAGAUGUGUUCGCGUGGACUACUGAUGAAAUGCCUGGCAUCCCAGUGGAGCUGACAGUCCACAAACUCAGCACGGAUCCCACCAGAAGGCCGGUGGUACAGAAACGUCGCCUUUUCGGCCCAGAAAAGCAAGCUGCCAUAGACGAGGAGAUACAAAAGUUGCUACGGGCAGGCUUCAUCAGGAGAGUGGAGUACUCUGAAUGGGUGUCCAACCCUGUGCUCAUCAAAAAACCAAAUGGCAAGUGGAGGAUGUGUAUUGACUUCACCAACCUCAAUGAUGCAUGCCCAAAAGACCCUCAUCCCUUGCCAAAUGUCGAGAAGUUAGUAAAGCGGGCAGCAGGACACGAACGGAUGAGCUUCCUUGAUGCCAGUUCGGGUUAUCAUCAGGUCCAGCUGUUGCUAGACGACCAGGAGAAAACAGCUUUUUACGCUGGUGAUGCAAUCUACUGCUAUGUCAUGAUGCCGUUUGGCCUCAAAAAUGCUGGAGCAACAUACCAGAAGUUGGAUCACAUAGGCGACCUGGAUGAAACUUUUCAAAACUUGCGCCGAGCACAAAUGAAGCUGAAUCCCUUGAAGUGCACAUUUGAUGUGGAAUCCGGGAAAUUCCUAGGGUGCGUGGUAUCCAAGAAAGGAAUUGAAGUAAAUCCAGAGAAGGUGCAGGCCGUUCAGCAGAUGGAACCCCCCAAGACAGUAAAAGAUGUACAGCGUCUGACAGGUCGGGUGGCUGCGUUGCACAGGUUCAUAGCCAGAUCGGCAGAAAGGUGCCUUCCGUUCUUCAAAGCUCUCCGGGAGCCUAAAAACUUUCAGUGGACUGAGGAGUGUCAAAAGGCGUUUGACGAGCUUAAACAGUAUUUGGCAUCUGCACCCCUACUGUUUAAGCCUGUGGAAGGGGAGAGUUUAUACCUAUACAUGGGGGUUACAGGAGAGGCAGUGAGCUCGGUUUUGCUCAGGGAAGAGAAUAAGAAUCAGAAGCCUAUCUGCUACGUGAGCAAGGUUUUACAAGGUGCAGAGCAGAACUACCCAUUAGCAGAAAAGGUUGCAUUUGCCCUGGUAUACACAGCUCGUAAGUUGAGAGCUUAUUUCCAAUCACAUCAGAUUGUUGUCUAUACCGAUUUGCCAUUGAGAAAAAUACUGCAGAAACCUGAACUCUCUGGUCGACUUAUUGGGUGGAGCGUCGAGCUGACAACUAAGAAAGAAAAAGCACCUGAGCACCCAGUCUGGGUUUUGUAUGUUGAUGGUGCCGCUAGCGUUGAAGGGUCGGGUGCUGGGGCUGUGUUAGUGGGCCCAGAUGGCUUUAAGUCGGAGCACGCACUGAGGUUUAAGUUUCAGACGACUAAUAAUGCUGCAGAAUAUGAAGCCCUCAUUUAUGGAUUAAAGCUGGCGUCCGAGCUGAAAGUACAAAGCAUUCAAGUCUUUAGCGACUCUCAGCUCGUCGUGGGCCAGGUGAAUGGCAACUGUGAAGUCAGGGAUCCCCAGCUCGAUCGUUAUGCCUCUAUGGUCAGUAGAUUGACGUCAAUGUUUGUCUCUUUCCAAAUUGAUAAAAUCCCGAGAGCAGAUAACCGUCGAGCCGACGAGCUGUCCAAAUUGGCCUCCUCGCAGGACCUUAACCCUCAGAGGUCGACAAUCGUCGAGGUGCUUGAUGCCCCAAGCUACACCGUUCUCGCAGCCGAGUGCCAACUGUUGAGUACAGACCCCUCUGCACCAAGUUGGACCACCCCGCUAAUAAGUUAUUUACAAAAUGGCGUGCUACCCGAAGAUCAGUGCGUUGCAAAGCUGGUCAGACGCAGGGCGGCACAUUUCACUUUAAUAGAUAAUCAACUCUACAAGCGGGCAGCCUCUAUGCCCCUAUUACGCUGUCUCACUCCUUAUGAAGCUGAAUAUGCUGUGAGAGAAAUUCAUGAGGGAGUAUGUGGCACGCACGUUGGAGGUAAAACCUUAGCUCGGAAGCUCCUGAGGCAUGGGUAUUACUGGCCAACUAUGGUUGAGGACGCACAGAACUAUGUCAAAAAAUGCCCGACCUGCCAGUUCAAUGCUGAUGACAUUCACAUGCCAGGGGAAAUGCUCUCAUCACUCUCAUCUCCCUGGCCUUUUGCCCAAUGGGGAGUCGACCUGCUCGGACCUUUUGUGAAAGGAAAAGGAGGCUGCACGUACCUCGUUGUUGCAGUAGAUUACUUCACAAAAUGGAUAGAAGCCAAACCCCUAUCCACGACGACAGAAAAGAAAAUAGAGGAAUUCCUAUUCAAUGCAAUAUUAUGCAGGUUUGGCAUACCUAAACGGAUCGUCGCUGAUAAUGGCCCGCAGUUUCGAGCCGCCGCGCUGAGGUCGUUCUGCAAUGACUAUGGUAUUGAACUCUCCUUAACGUCUGUAUAUACUCCUCAGUCAAACGGACAGGCCGAGUCCGCCAACAAGAUCGUCUUGCGGGGCCUCAAGACGCGUGUUUUAGUCGCGCGUUCUAAUUGGGUUGACGAGCUCAAUAAAGUGCUGUGGUCUUGUCGCACCACGCCCAGCUCGGCCACAGGGGAAACCCCAUUUAGCCUUGCUUAUGAAGCCGAGGCCGUCAUCCCGGUGGAGAUCGGACUGCCCUCUGAGAGAGCAGGUCGGCAUGACGAGGGUAACAAUGAGCAGCUGUUGAGAGAGAACUUAGACCUUGUGGAGGAGGUCAGGGAGAUGUUUCGAAUGCGAAACAUAGCGCAUCAGAGUCGUGUGGCAAAAUUUUAUAAUAAGAGAGUUCGAGCUCGACAGUUUCAGGUCGGCGAUCUGGUUUUGCGCAAAGCUGGAUUAACUAAUACUUAUUCGCAUAUGGGCAAGCUCGCUCCUAAUUGGGAAGGACCCUAUAUGGUUAUCAAUAUUAAGCGACCUGGGUGUUAUCAACUAGCAGAUUUACAAGGUCGUCCGUUGUCAUUCAUCUGGAACAUACACAACCUUAGGAAGUUUUAUAGUUAAUGCAUUGGUGUUUCUGUCUUAAUUCAAACUAUCCACAAUCAGAUGUAAAGAGCAAUGUAUGGAAAAAUACACAACAAUAAAUAUAGAAAUUCUGA